GAUGUGCUGUGUUUGGAAGUGGUACGUGGCAAAACGCCUGGUUCUGUUUCCCUUAUCAAACCCGGGCAAAGUUAGAAUUUAAGCUUCUCUGGAGGAUAUCGGGAAAAGGAAGAAAUGAAGCCUCCCAGUUCCUUAAAAGCAGAUACAGGGCCCGGCAUUCAGUACCUUUACUGUUCACUGCCAACCUUAGUCCAGCUUUACUUUCUACAAAGUGAAGCUGUUUUAGAGAAGAUAAAGGUUGAUGUUAUCUAUUCUAAAUAUUUGCACUUUCGAUAACUAAAAGGAUAAUCUCCCAUAGGUGACAAUCGUUGUGGAAUUGGAGUAGAGCACCACAUAUAAAGAAUCUAGAGGAUAGCUAUAAGCAGUCGAUAAAUAUGGAAUUAAUCUAUCAUAUGCUCAGUACCCUGAUAGAAUCUCUAGGUUGAGUAUGCCAAUUCCUGACCUUGAAUAUACUGUCUACCAACACUUUUGUUCCUUUCACAGUGACUUUUGUAAUUAUAAAAAUGAGAUUCAGAGAGUCCGGUAAUAGGAAAGUAAUUUUUAAAACAUUUUGCAUCUAUAAACUAUAGAAUAUGAUGGGUGUAAACUAGAAGCUGAUGAUCUGAACCUCAUGCUGGUUUCUAUUAUCUAUUGUUGAGCUGCUUCUUUUUCAUCUUUCAUUGCCAAUUAAUUUUCCUACAGAGAUACAGAUAGGAUUAUUACUAAUUGUUUAGCAUGUGCCUGGAAUAGUUCUAAGCCUUGGAAAUACAGCACUAAUGAGGCAGAGUCCCUGCUCAGGUGGAAUAGAGCCAAGAAAUGAAAAAUUGAUUAGUUAUAUACAGAAAGAUCCUUAAGUAUAAAAUCUUUAUAAUUUUUUCUCUUCUAGGUAGUCAAACUGGUUUCAGUAAAGCAAAUGUAUACAUUAAAUGCUUAUUAAGCUGCAAGAGAUAUGGAGAUGUGUGCUGAUCAUUUUCUGUUCUCAUGAAGCUUAUAAUCAAGUGAAGUUAAAGAAAACAGGAAUCUGCAGUAUAAAAAAUUGUGAAUACCAAGGGAAGUGGUACAAUGCUAGGAUUUCAAUUGAAAAAGGAACCACAUCUUAUUAAAGUGGGACCAAGCAUCAUAAGCAAAAUAUUUAACAGUGCCUAGCCAUCAAUACACAUUAUUAUUCUUAUAGGAUAACUGUCUAGGUAGAUAUUCCCAAAUGGCGAUCUACAAGUACAGGUACAUCUAAGAGAGAUACCCAGUAGUCUGGUCCAGCUAAACAAUGUAUAAUUAAAGGAUUAGCAGCGGUAAACGUGGAAAGGUAAAUUAAAGGAUUAUUGUAGAAACUAGGUCAUGAAGUUAGACAUUAUAUUAAGGAAAUUACAUAGUAAGCAAGAGUGGCAUCACUACACAGGCAGCAGUCUAUCAAGUGUAUGAGCAGGGUGAGUUACAGAAUGAUAGUAGUGGGACGGAAAAAAAGACUUGUUAGGAUGUACUUAGCAGAGUCAAAAUUACCUAACUUCUGCAAAACAUGAAAGAUUAUGAAAGCACAAUUGAAAUUAUUGUUACAGUACAGUUUUGAACGUUAGUAACUGAGAGGACUAAAAAUACAAAGUCUAGAAAUAUAAGCAGAAUAGUGAUGAGACAGGACAUUCACUUACUUUGCUGCAUUUUUCCAGAUAGUUCUUUGACUUUUCUAGGUAUUUAAUCAUGCCAUCCACAUUUGCCUCCCCCCAGAUUAUUGCAUAUCUGGUUGUUUUAUUAAUUUUGGUGGCUAACAUUUCCACCAUCACCAUCAUCAUAGUAUUCAAUAGUAUUGGGAACACCCAUUAUCUUUGUCUUGUUCUUGAUUUAAGCAGGAAAGUUCAGUUCAGUUCUCCAAUAUGUAAGAUGCUGAUUUUGAAAUGGAAAUGUGUGUGCAUUUGUGCAUGCACAUGUAUGUGUCAUUGUAUAAUAUAAAUUGCAUGUUGAUAGUAAGAGAAUAUCCCUUGAUUCUUAUUCAAUUGGGAAGUUUUAUAGUUCUGCUUUCACAGAAUUUAUGCAUGUGAAAAUUCUAAGAGGAUAAAUCUUCUUUUUGAUUGUUUUAAAUUGAUUUCUAAUUUUAUUUUAUUUAGACUAAGAAUGCUGUUUGUGUUAUAUAUAUUCUAAUAAAUAAGAUAGCUAGUGAGUGACUCAUGAGUGAGUAAUAUAUACAAGAUGAAUAAUUCAUGUCUGCAGUAAGAGGCAACCAGAUAGCAGGAGAUUUUGUCAUAUUAUGUGGAAUAGAUCACAGUUUUCAAACUAAUGAAUUGUUUAUUUCAAGAAUUUUCCAUUUAGUAUUUUCAGGUCUUGAUUGACCACAGGUAACUAAAUCCAUGAAAAGAGAAAUUGUAAAUGGGUCGGGGGGAGGUAAAGAGUUUCUAGUAUGCAUUUGAAAGGUAAUGUAUUUUUUAUUAAUCAUAUAUAGAAUUUGUUUUAUAUUUAUGUUUGUCUUAUUUAUUAUAUAAUUUAUAUCUUGUAUCUUUAAUAAUUUUUAUAAUCUUGAUUUUUCUUGGAUUAUAAGGGAUGUGUUAAAUUCUCCAAUAUUAAGAUGUGCUUUAUAUUUUCCUUUUUUCUCAUCUCCUAUAUUCUGCCUUAUAAAAAAAUCAUUAAAUACUUGGUAAGCAAAUAUUAUUAACUGUUACCUAUCCAUAAUGAAUGGUUCAUUUUUCAAAUAAAUUCUAACAAACUGUACUCCAAGAUUGCAUGGGAGGAAGUUAAGACUGAUUUAUCUAAAAUAAUACCACCGAUCGAAAAAUUUAGAACUUUUAACUGAAUAUCCUAUAUAUUGUGAUAAUUUCUACUUAAAACCUAGUGGCAGUACUGUAAUGAUAAGAGCAAUCAGUAUGUUUUGUCAGUACUUGAAAAAGUAGGGUAUGAUCAAAUGGGGAACAUAUGUCUACCUAUAUUUUGAAUGAUAGGAAAAAACCGAGAAUGGAGUUUUGAUCUUAUUUGAAAAUAACUUUUUCUAUAAUAUCUACUGUUGUAGUCAGGGGUUGUACACAGAGAACAAUUCAGAUCAGGACAUGGAGUUUAUAAUGUUUUUAUAAUGAUCACCAGAAGUUAACACAGGAGAAUGCAGGAAAUCUAUCUGCAACACCAAUGACAUAGAUUAUUUAGUCAAGAGUCUAAACCCCAAGGCAAUGUCCCACAUGAGUCCAGAUAAAAACCCAGAGCUCAGGACAAUGCCUCCACGAGUCCAACUGGAAAUCCAGAGCCCACAAGAAGGACUCACGCCAGUCUCUUUUAUGGAUCCAUGCCGGGAAGACCCAAGGGUCAGUGGUGGAAGCCAGAAAGUCUAUGCCAGCAGGAUGAAGGAGCUGUGCUAGUGGGAUGAGGGUUCUACACUGGAACCGAGAAGUCACACUCACAGCAAAGAGCAGGGCUGUCCUGAAAGGCACCACGGCUGUCCUCAGCGACACGGAGGCCCCAAGCUCCUUCGACAAGCACAGUCGGGUACAUGCCAGGAAGCAGCAUGACGAGUUCAUGCUGGAGACCAGGCAGCACAUGUCUUCCCCUCCGGAGCCAGGAAGCAAUGCUCGAUGUGAAGACCAAAGCUUCUCCAGGAGAACCAACAGCUCAGACAGCAACUAGUAGGAGAACCCACAAUGUCUCCUUAAUGCCUCAAUCCCUCUCAACACCUCUCUUCUUCUCCACCUAUUUAUCCUGGCCUUCUCAGGUGGAGCAUCUUCUCUCAAUGCAUGCUGAUGUAAUCCAGCUGGCAUUAAUUUGACCACUAGUUAUCAAACCAUAACAUCUAAGGGGAAGGAAGAAUAAUAAGCCAUUUUAUGAGGAAACACUUUUGCCAGUGGACAGCUAAGCUUUUUUAAAAGGGUAGAAGUCUAAUGAAAUAUGUUAUUGCUAAGAGCCCAGGAUAUACUACACUAUGGGAGGAAAGUUCUUGGAGCAUGUUUUAAGUCUGGAACAUUGGAGCAUGUUUUAAGUCUGGAACAUUAAGGAUUCAAAUUUGAAGUUUUCAGAAUGAUAUUGUAAAUUAUAGUGUCCAUUUGAGAAGAGUCAGUGUGUUUUGUUAUAGUUUCCCAUCUCUUUGAGUGCCCAGAAUACUGAACUUUGCACAUUAUAUAUGCUCAAAAAGUUCCUAGCAAGAAAAAAAAAAAUUCCUAGUGAAUUGAAAUACCCUUGAAUCCAUAAACCAUAGUAUUUCUGAAGAAAUGUACAUGUAAAAAAAUGCAUGCCAUUCAUAGGUAACAACUAUUUUGAAGUGUAAGCUGGCAAAAUGCUAAGGUGGAAUGCUAAAUUAGAUAUAUAAGCCAAACACAGAGUAUAGCCUAAUGCUCACAUUCCUUGCCUGGUGCCCUGUGUUACAAGUGAUCAUCUGAUCUACUUGUAUAUAAAUGUUUUUCCAAAGUCUCAGGCAGUCAUAUAGAUGAGGCUUUUCAGAGGUGGCUGGAUGUAAGGUGUUUUGAAGCUCAGAUUACAAGUGUAUGAUUUCUAAAUUAGUUCAAUGAUUGAUUUACCAUAGUUCUGCAUUUGGAUGCUAGGAAGACUCACCCUAAAAGGAGAGUAGCCUGGAAGGGAUAAAAGGAAGAGGAGUCUGCUGCUUGCUACUCCCUGACUUCUACCUGCUAUGCCAUGAACUGUUUCUCCUCUGUGAUGCCCCUCUGCCACGCCACCUUGCUAUGGAGCCAGCCAACUAUGGGCUGAAACCUCUACAAACUGUGAAUUGAAACAAACCUCUUUCUUUAAUUUUGGGUGUCGAUAUUUGGUCUCAGUGACAAGAAAAGUAACUAAGACAUUCAAGAGACAAGUAACAACCCUGACAACCCUUAAGAUUUUUAGGUCACUUCACUGUCACAACCAUGUACGUGCUCAAUAGUUAAACAAUUUCUUAAGAAGUGAUAGAACAACCAACUGAUAGACCAGCUGAAAAAUGAUUGCAGUAGACUUUGUUGUAGGUAGCAGUAGUGAUAUUUUGUUUUUAAAGAUAUUUGUUUGGUUAAACAUGUAUGUAGUCAGUCAAGACUAUGUCAACUGCAAUAAUUUUAGGAGAUCUGUGCUUGUAAAUCUAUUUAAAAAGAAAUAGAGAAGUUAGAACAAAACAGUCAAACGGAAGGGAGAACAUUUUUCUGGGUAGCCCAUAACCAAAACCAGAGUGCCAGGAGGAAAGGAGGCUUUUUGCAUAAACACAUGUUUUCUAUGUUUUAGGCACUAUGGGCUCCUCUUACCACUUAGAGAAAAUUGAGGGUUCACUUUUUCAACCAAGUUCCCAUGUGGCCCAGGGGCCAACCUCACAAGCAAACCUUUCUAGGGACAGAAGCCUUAGCCCUGUUACACUUCACAAACUUAGGCUUUCAGGUCACUUUAUUUUUUUUUAAAGUUUCUCCAAGAAUGAUUCUUAUGACACAUAUGGAAAUAUAAGAAUAUAACUUUUGUCCCCAUACAUUUCCUUCAUUUAUUUUCCUUUAUUUCUUACAUUAAAUUGCCUACUUGGCCCAGAGCCAUUGAAAUGUAGCUAAUUUGUUCAGUGGACUAUAGGAUGCUGAAAGAAGCCUGGGCCACAGUGUCAGCCACAAUGUCAGCCUUUCUAUAGAAUUUUAUCAGCAGCUUACAUUUCAUACUUUCAUCUUCCCAUCAUGUCAGUUUUACAUACAAGUUUUUCACUCUGGUUCUUUUUUCCUUUCUCAGGACGUCUUUUCUCACUUGCUUUUUGAGCAGAAUCAUAAUUUUCAUAUUCAGAAUAUCUUAAAGAUUUCUACAAAACCUAGGAAAACAGCCCCAUUCUGUUUUUCAGUAGAAGAGUAUUGUUUUUGUUAUUUUUGUUUUAAUCCUAAUUUCUACUAAUAUAAAGUCAAUUUUUUGUGCAGCUUGCUGUGUUACUCACUUAUUUUGCCCUGUUGUAUGAUGCUUUUACUCUGCCUGGUGUUCACACCCCUUGCCUUCUGCCUUGUGUUACCAGGGACCGUCUGAGUUCCUACUUGUAUGUGAACUUGAGUGGAUACAUUGCUUUAGCUUCUUGACCUCAAGUUACCUGCUCAGUCUUAAUGUUCAGUCUUCCAUUUCAACGCACAUACUAGAAUUGGAUGGGAAAUGUUUUUAUUGCUUCUCUUUAACCAGUGAGCAACUUCAUGGCUGUAUCAGCUUAUGUGACAUCUGCAAAGGAAAUAAAUGAAGCAAAAUCUAUUAUAGUUAGAUCAUGGCUGUAUCAGCUUUUGUGACAUCUGCAAAUGAAACAAAUGAAGCAAAAAUCUAUUAUAGUUAGAGAUAUUCAUUUUAUGAACCUAUUGCCCUUUUCGUGUCCCAUGGUAUAUAUGUAAAGCUGAAAAGAAUUUAAAAUUACUGUAUAAUGUAGGGUGAGAAAAUUAUGUAUGAACUCUUAAUUACUGAAGAUAACUUAAAAAGUCAGUAACCCAUAAGUAACUUUAUUACUUAAUAACCUUUUUUUUUGGCAGAAUCUCACUGUGUAGUUCUGGAUGGCUUUGAAUUCACGGUGUAGUCCAUGCUGGCCCAGACUCAUGGUAAUCCUCUUGCCUCAGUUCCUGAGUAUUGGUAUUACAGACUUGAGCUGAGUCAGCUGAUAUCAAGUUUAAUAUCAUGAAAGCACAGACCUCAACCAUCCUGAUCACUAUCAUGUCCCCAGGGUCCAACAGUGCUUGAUACACAGACCAGCUGUUCAGGAGCAUCCCGGACCAGAGCCAGGCACAGUUGAGACUGAUCUAACUAAAGACUGCCGCAGGCUCUUCUGCAGCGAUGUCGGUGUUAGAAGAAAGUCGACCGUUUGCUCAGCAAUUAUCCAAUGUCUACUUCACGAUACUUUCACUUUUUUGUUUUAAGCUUUUUGUGAAAAUCAGUCUUGCCAUCCUCAGUCAUUUCUACAUUGUGAAAGGCAACCGCAAGGAAGCAGCAAGGAUAGCAGCUGAAUUUUAUGGAAUAUCCCAAGGACAAGGUUCCUGGGCAGAUCGAUCGCCACUACAUGAAGCCGCAAGUCAAGGCCGUCUUCUUGCAUUGAGAACAUUAUUAUCACAGGGCUAUAAUGUAAAUGCAGUAACCAUAGACCAUGUCACCCCAUUGCACGAAGCCUGCCUGGGAGGUCACGUGGCGUGUGCCAGAAUUCUUCUGGAAGCUGGAGCCAAUGUAAAUGCAAUCACGAUAGAUGGUGUGACUCCAUUAUUCAACGCAUGCUCACAAGGCAGUGCAAGCUGUAUGGAACUUCUUCUGGAGUAUGGUGCCAAAGCCCAGCUAGAGUCCUGUCUCCCGUCUCCCAUACAUGAGGCUGCCAGUAAAGGUCACCACGAAUGUCUUGACAUACUGAUAUCCUGGGGCACAGAUGUUGACCAAGAUAUUCCUCAUUUGGGAACGCCUCUCUAUGUCGCUUGUAUGUCACAGCAAUUCCAUUGCGUCCGGCUGCUUCUUUAUGCUGGUGCUGAUGUACAGAAAGGCAAAUAUUGGGAUACUCCUUUACAUGCUGCUGCUCAGCAAUCCAGUAUAGAAAUUGUAAAUUUACUGCUAGAAUUUGGAGCAGAUAUCAAUGCAAAAAAUACAGAGCUUUUGCGACCUAUAGAUGUUGCUACCUCUAAUACCAUUGUGGAAAGAGUUCUGCUUCAACAAGAAGCUACCCCAAGCUCUCUUUGCCAGCUUUGCCGACUCUGUAUCCGAAAUUGCAUAGGAAGAUCAAGAUUGCAUCUUAUGGCUCAGCUCCAGCUACCAACAUUACUUCAGAAUUUCUUACAGUAUCGAUAAAUAGUGAAAUAGUUUAAAAUUCCUUAAAAAUCAAAAAUUUCUAUUGCAUUUGCAUAAUGAAUAUUUCUUUUUAAUCUAUGCUAGGGUAAAGUAAAUAUGAAAUUACAUGGGGAAGCAGUAAAAUAUCAAUAUUCAUUUUAAGUGUACUAGUUAUUACUUUUGUUUUAUGAAUUUUUACUGUUUUAGUAUUAUAAUAUGUUUAAAGUAUCUAUACCUUAUGGUCCUCUUAUUGUUGAGGAAAAAUUGAGAGAUUCUCCGUUUUAUAUAUAUUUUUCAAAGUAGGAAAGAAAAACGUGAACUCUUACUAAAAUUUUAAUUUAAUUGUAAUUUAAUUUUGUUUGUAUUUCAAAGGUUCUGUGUUCUCCAAAGAAUGGAUUAACUUUAGUUUUGGCUCCUGUGUUUAUCUCUGUGUUUUUAAUAUUGAUGCAGAAUAUGAAUGCCACUUAGACAAUAUGCAGUUUGAAAUAAAGAUGAUUCUCAUUCAGCAAA